AUGUCUUUUGUGGUCGUUCCGAGAAGUAAUGUUGGUUCUGACAAUGCUGUUGGAGAGCAAUCGAAUAGCAACACCAAUAAUAAUAAUACUCUAUUCAUCGGAUUUAACCAAGAUUCUACAAUGUUAGCCUACGGAAAGGAUCAAGGGUUUAGAAUUAUUUCGUGUGCUUACGGAUUUUGUGAGAGGGUAUUUGAUCAUAAAUUUAUUGAUGGAGGAAUUUCAUUUGUUUGUUUCAUGGAUGAGGAUAAGGGCACAGUUGCCCUUGUCGGAGGAGGUUCUCGACCAGCAUUUGCAAUGAAUAAGGUUGUUUUUUACAAUUAUAAAGAAAGAAAGGUCACAAAUGAGUUGAUUUGCCCAAGGAAUAUUAUAAGUAUUCAUUCAAAGAAGAAUUUAUUUGCUGUUGUUGCUGAGGAUAUGGUGUAUAUUUUUGAUUUACAAACCAAACGACAAGUACACUCAUGGAAGACAACCCUCAAUUCAUAUGGUAUAUCCACCUUUAUUUACAAUAAGCAAAAGAAAGAGUACUUGCUGGCUAUUUUGGAUGAACAAGUUGGAGAGGUAAAGGUUGUUACCAUUGGCCACGAAAAUUAUGAAAUAAUUUCUGAAAUUACAAUUAGAGCUCAUGAAUCUUCAAUAAGAUGUGUUGCCUUGAAUCAGGAUGGAUCCAUGUUGGCAACUGUUUCUGAGAAGGGAACGUUGGUAAGAGUGUUCAACAUUGAUACAGGUGUGAAAAUUCAUGAAUUCAGAAGAGGUAAUUUGGCAAAGGAAAUUUAUUCUCUCACUUUUAAUCAUAAGGGAGACUUGAUAUCGUGUGUUUCUAGAGAGACACUCCAUGUGUUUGUAGUAGACUUUAAAGAGUGGAAAGCCAGACUAGCAAGCAACACUGAAAAUUCUGCCAAUUCUAGUCUAUCAACAAUUUGGAGCUAUGUAACAACCACAAUUUAUGAACCUCUUGAAACUACACCUACUAGCACAUUUAAAUAUCCAAAUAUUGAUGGUGUGUCAGUUUGUACUUUUGAGACUAAUGAUGAAUCCAUUCUCGUUUGUAAUAAUAAGGGAGUGUAUGUCUCUCUCAAGUUUGAUUGGAAUUCCAAUACAGAACCAAUCAAUGCUGAUCCAAUUGAUAAGUUUGAAGCCCUUGUAGAAUAA